UGGGGACCUCUGCGCGGACCGCACCCCGUGCUCACCUGUGACCACCGUGAGUGACAUUACUGGUUUGGACUUUACCUUAGGAUACUAUGUUAGGUAUCAGGUUUUUAUGGACAGGCCACGGAUGAAAAUGUUGUUCAGGGUUUGUCCAAGUGAAGAGCUUUGAAAUGUCGGUGCUGGUGGUGACUGCACUUAUCUUGGUGCACUUUGUGGAUGCUCAGGUGAACUGGACGCCGAUAUUUGUGGAUGGCACGAAUCAAGUGGACAUGUGGACGGCCAAAUCGAAGGGGUGCCGCUGCAGUUUUGACUCCUCUCGGCAGGACUGUGCCUGUUGUGUCAAAGAAGGCGGGUGUUCCUGUGGCGUCCAGUCGCCCAACCGCUGUGGACAGUGCGGCCUGCAAGAUCACUGCACUAGCAUGUGCAACAUAACACUGGACGCCAGAAUUCUGCAGGCAAAGUCUGGAAAGACCUACGGACAGAUCAAGUCACCGUCUGUAGAGGGCCCGGCGUUCUGCUGGUACAGGCUGUUACCGGACUCUGGCCAGAGGGUGGAGAUACAGAUAUACCGGUUGGUCAGUGUGGGACGCUUCAAUGGCACCAGUUGUGAGUCCGGCUUUGUACAGCUAGUUGACGGGAUGGAAUCAAUUCCCAGAACUAGUGAAACACAGAUCUGUGGUGGCAACGACCGCUACUCGCCUCCCGUCGUUUUGUUCGGAGACAAGGGUCCAGCGUCCCUUAUUUUCUAUAUUAGCGAACCAACCUUGCGGUCUCAGUUCCUGGCAUAUUACAGUUUCACAGCAGCCAACAACACACAGGGAGUCGGCUUUCAACCCCACGGUGGUCGCAGAGUGGAGAACACAGAUUGUGACUGGCUGUAUCAGGACUUUUCAUGCAAGGAGCCAGAUACGUGCAGACUAGCCAGUCCUGGAUACCCAGGAGUCUACAGUCCCAACAGGGUCUGCAAGUUUCACAUCACGACGAGUUCUAUACACACUAGGGUCAGGAUCAAAGUCGUUGUCAUGAAUCUUCCACACAACCAGUGUAACUCAGACUAUGUGAGCAUCCACCAAGGCUCCACCACAACCAGUCCUGUACUGAAUACUUUGUGUGGCAACAAGCGCCAGGAACUUGUAUAUACCGGACCCAACCUGCUUAUUGCUUUUAAGUCUGGACCAUCUGCACCUCCCUACGAUUACAAUGGUUUUCUAAUAACCCUGGAGUUUUGGGACAAGGUGACGACGACUACGGAAGCCGUUCUUCUAGGAUUACCUAUGAGACCAACUGAUCAGACCGUCAUGAGCGAUGGUUCUCAGCACGCCAGUGUGCGUCCGGCAUGCGAAACCAUCUUCUACAGCAACAAUUCAAAGUCUGGCCAUUUCGACUCCAAGAGCCACGACUGGCACCAGAACUGCUCCUAUGUGUUUCUCGGUACUCAAAGUGAAGUAGUUCAUUUAUCCCUUUUCAACUACAAGUUAAAGUCGCUCUCUUGUCAGUCUGUAAUAGAAACUUACGACGGAGUGACGAUCGACGCCUCCAAGCCCGUCACCAGGAUUUGCAGUCCAAUCACGAGGCACGCUAGAGACCCUACUGGCAGAUUUCAGAGCCAGCAAACAUUCAUGUCCACAGGGAACGCGAUGACUUUGUUGCUACGGCGUAUGCCACCUCUCACUCCGAACUCUGAGCCAGAAUUCCUGGAUGGAGCUUUCCAUUUUCACAAUGAACAAGUUUCGGGGACUCUGCAGCCGGACACCUUAUGCAGCUCUGACUAUUACGGACUCAGCAGUAGUCCCAGGGGUCACGUGACCAGGCCUGGCCAGGAACCCAUCUUCUGGAAUAUCGACGGUCCUCUGGAAUGUUCCAAGAGAUUCAUUCCAGCAGUUAAUCAGAGCAUAUCUUUACAGAUCACUCUGAUACGCCUGUCGCCAGACCUCCACUGCCACACAGAGUGCGGUGACAGCAGCUGUCGCUGCGUCGUCAACUCCAAGCCUCUGUCGCAGAUUGAUCAUCUCAAAGUCGUGACAGAGUCGGGUUUACUUGUCGCCUGCCUCUGCGGAGAUUUCCAGCAGGAAUGGCUACCGGUGGGUCUUCGCAGCUGGUCUCCAAUUCGCCUGAUAUACUACGUGGCUCACUACAGCUGGGAGUCUAAAGGCUUUGAGUACACGGCUGAUUACAAGUUUAUCUCAGAUUCCUAUUGUGGACACCACACCACGACUCAGCAUACAGGUUUUAUAGAGUCUGGCAACUUGACUGAGACUGGUCAGCUGAAUCACUUCUUCCAUCAAACCUGCACUUGGCUACUCGACUCUCACGUGGAGAGGCAGCUGACCAUCCAGCUGGCCAGCAAUCAGAACCGUCCUUGCUCAGCCUGGAACUUCACGAUACAUGAGUAUGCUGAAGACGGACCUGAGAGGACAGGCAAAACCCUCUACAACUUCUGUCCUCGACAAAAGAUAGCCAACUAUUCGCUGCCCUUCCAGUUGAAUGUUGUUGUCAUCAAGCUCACGGCUAUGUCGUCGAUUCCACCAGAGUUCCAGAUAAAAUGGCGGUCCCAGAUAGUACGUGCGAACACGCGCACAGCGGUGUCUGUGCCCGUCAUGUCCUCCCAGGCGACAUGUGUGUCUCCCGUUACCAUGGCAACGGUGUUACUGGGUGUGCUGAGCGCCACUUACAGAUGAGCGGUCACCUCUGAGGCGCAGGUGUAAAUAGCACUGUAAUUAAAUGCAUUGGAAGUCUGAGAGUGUUUGUCAAACCACAUAUCGCGGAGUAGUAGUGAACAGGCCUUUCCUAACCUGUGGCCCUUCACUGCCUUGAUGAAACUACCGAUAAAUUGGUAAUCAUUUGUUUUUUACUAUCUUUGGAGUAGAAGAAAUAUCGCUAUAAUGUAAACUAUGUAGCCCCAAAAAGGACUUCUUCUAGGUAUGCGAUUAAAAUUUAAUGAUAAUUACUGAAAUUCUUAAUAUAUAGAUCAGCAUCAAUGUAUUUGUACCUUAAAAUCUUAUUAUAAAGUCAAGAAUAACCAUUAUUAAGAAUGAUAAUGAUUAUGUUGGGAUAUAUACUCAUAUAACACUCAUCAAUAAUGUCUCAGAAGGGCCUAACAGAUAUUCUAAAACACUGCCCGAGUUUUAUAAAGACGAAAUAUAAUUGAAGUAAUAACCUUGCUAAAGUGUAAUAUACUCCUUUGCAUAACGAGUAGUAUAGUAUAAAAUAGCCACUAUCUGAAGUCUAGUAGUGAAGAAAAUGCACACGAUUAUGAACUUGAAGUUUCGACACAUAUUUGUAUCUUACUAGAAAGAAGUGUUUGAUGUAUCUGUGGUAAUUUCAUCACGGUCGCUACUACGCCACACCAUGCUCAAUCGUUUCCUCUCUAUGUUCGUCUCAUAUACUUACGUCCACAAUAUACACAUUUAUUUUUUACACGUUCAGUGUUACAUGGUGUACCGUGUGUUACAUGUGACCGAGACCUAAUGGUGUACCUUGUGUUACAUGUCAUUAAGGUGGACUUAGCGUAGUCGGAUCAGAUGGUGCUAUUUUAGAGGUAGGCUAGUCUAGGUGCUGAUGGCGUAGCCAGGGAUUGCUGCUUACUAACCUGUGCAAGCCUUGUUACACCAGUCGUUACAUUUGUUUUGUUUUCUUUGUUAUCUCCUAUCGACCUUUAGUAUAUAUGUUACCAAUUGUAUACAAGUAAUAAAAUGUUUUCUAUA